GCGCAGGUGAGCCUGGCCCGGGAACCCGCGUGGGGGGUCCGCUGUACCCCCGAGGCCACCCCAGCCCCAGAACAUGGACACGUUUUCUUCCACUGCCCUGCCUUCUGAGGACCUCUGCCCUCUUCAGGACAGCUUCUCCAGGUAUGAGGAGGAAACGGAGGCAUAUUCUCAGCAGAUCCUGUCUCAGCCACCUGUGAGCUUCAAGGACGUGGCUGUGACCUUCACAUGGGAGGAGUGGGGACAGCUGGACCUGGCCCAGAGGAUGCUGUACCGUGAGGUGACUCUGGAGACCUGCAGUCACCUGGUCUCCCUGGGGCUUCUGCUUUCAAAACCGGAUGUGAUCGCCCGACUGGAGCAAGGGGAGGACCCAUGGAGGGUGGAACAGGGACCUCCCCGAGACUGGAAGACUACACUUGAAAAGAAAGAGUCAGCUUCUGAAGAGGGUAUUGCUGUGGAAGAGCCAUCUCACCACAUGGAAAUGAAACACUGUGUACAGGAGGAGGGCCCCUGGUUGGUGUCAUUAGGAGAAGUGCAGCAUUGGAGGGACCAGCUAGGGAAGCACCAGGAGGACUCUCUGAGUCAAACAGUACUUACCUCAGAGAGACUUUUUGCUCAAGGGGGUAGUUAUCUGAGUCUAAGCCUUCUACCUCCAACAUUACCCACAAGAACACAUUUCCAUAAGCUCAACUCACAGGUUAAAAGGUUGAAACAGAACUCGGUUUUCAUUAAUCAUCAGAAAAACUGGGCUGAUCUGAAGUCCUGUGAAGAUCAUCAAAGUGCUAGAGCCUUCUGUCAGAGCAUUUACUUGAAUAAAAUUGCAAAUGUUGAAACGGGAAAUAAAAAACCUUAUGAUUAUACUGUCAGUAGUGACUCUUUCAACUGUGGUACCUCCCUUCGUUUUCUUAACAGAAUUUUUUCAGCAGAGAAUGGCAAUGACAGUAAGGAUGGAAACAGCAUUAAUCAUAGCAUGUCUCUGAAUGAACACAAGCCAAUGAAUUUUGGAGAAAGUCAGUACGAGUGCGAUGAAUGCCUUGUACAAACCAAAAUAAGUGAUCCUGGAGAGGCACCAUUCAGAUGUGAGGAGGACUGUGGUGCCUUCCACGUGGCCUCAUCUUUUCCUGACUGUGACAUCAUUCAGACUGGGAAGAAGUCAUAUGCAUGUAAUCAGUGUGCAAAAUCUUUCAGCUGUUGCUCUAAGCUUGUUGUACACAAGAGAACACACACGGGAGAAAAGCCAUAUGAAUGUACUCGGUGUGGGAAGUCUUUCAGCCAGAGCUAUGACCUGGUUGUACACCAGAGAACUCACACUGGAGAAAAGCCCUAUGAAUGCAACCAGUGUGGGAAAUCCUUCACCCAGAGUUCCAAACUUAUUAGGCAUCAACGAACUCACACUGGAGAAAAACCAUAUAAAUGUCAUGAAUGUGGAAAAUCUUUCAGGUGGAACUCUAACCUUACUGUUCAUCAAAGAAUUCAUACUGGAGAGAAACCUUAUGAGUGUGCGCAUUGUGGAAAGUCCUUCAGUCAAAGCUCUGACUUUGUUGCACAUAAAAGGACUCACACUGGAGAGAAACCCUAUGAAUGUAACCAGUGUGGAAAAUCUUUCAUUCGAAGCACUCAGCUUAUUAGGCAUCUGCGAAUUCACACUGGAGAGAAGCCAUAUAAAUGCAAUCAGUGUGACAAAGCCUUCACUGGGAGCUCUCACCUUAUUGAACAUCAGAGAACUCAUACUGGAGAGAAACCGUUUGAAUGUAAUCAGUGUGGGAAAGGCUUCACUGGGAGCUCUCACCUUCUUUCACAUCAGAGAAUUCAUUCUGGAGAGAAACCGUAUGAGUGUAAUGACUGUGGGAAAGCUUUUCGGCAGCGAUCUCAGCUUGUUGUGCAUCAGCGAACACAUACUGGAGAGAAACCUUAUGAAUGCAGUCAUUGUGGAAAAGCUUUCAGCCAGAGGUCUCCCCUCAUUGUGCAUCAGAGAAUACACAUUGGAGAGAAGCCCUAUCAGUGUAACAUGUGUGCUAAAGCCUUCAGUCAGAGGUCACGCCUUAUUGAACAUCAGAGAACACAUACUGGAGAAAAGCCCUAUGAAUGCAUUGACUGUGGGAAAGCCUUCAAUGAUCGAUCAACGCUUACAAAACAUGAGAGAACACACACUGGGGAAAAACCCUAUGAAUGUAAUCAUUGUGAAAAGGCCUUCAGCCAGCGGUGUCAACUUACUAGGCAUCAGAGAAUCCAUACUGGAGAGAAACCCUAUGAAUGUAAUGAGUGUGGAAAAGCUUUCAGUUAUAGUUCAUCCCUUAUUCAACAUGAGAAAACCCAGGGAGAGAAACCCUAUGAAUAA